UUUUUUUUUUCCUCUUUCGAACCAUAUCAUCACCGCCAACCAGCAUACAAAAUCCUCAAACAUGGAUGACGGUACGUCUUCCUCAUCAGCAACGGCAACGACAAGCAGCACUUCCGUUUGCUUCGAUUUCUACGGCGGUAUUUUCUUCAUGCCGACCAUUGUAUCUGUCAAUACUGAGGGACGACGAACGUGGUCCAGCAGCACUGUAUUCACUUUGCAGCAACGUACCGCCUUUUCAUUCUUAUAUUUCCUCAUGAAGGGGAGAUAUACGAUCUCCUUGCACCGACUUCGACUGUGAUUUUUGACGUCGUCUCGUCGUUUCGUUUUUCGGCCUUUUUCGCUGUCAUGUCGCCAUUUCGGUCUACCUGUGCAUAUUCAACCUGACCUGUUACCUUUUCUAUUCCCUCGGCGUAUUUAUAUACAGCCUGGCAAUCCGAUAUGGCACCGACCAACACAGGCAUAUCUAUUCCUUCUCAAGACCCUGCAUUGAGUGCAGCCGAUGAUGGUGGGUACCGCGAACAGAGGAGGUCAAGUAGGAGCCGGAGCCCAGGCGCUAAGGGCGGCGACAGAGGCCGCUCUGGUGGAGGUCAUAACCCGGGAAACAAUCUCCACGUCUCGGGAUUGAGCCGUAAGGUAGAUGCUCGUGAUCUCGAAGCGGCUUUUGCAAAAAUUGGCAGAGUCCAAAAGGCUUCUGUGAUGCUGGACCCGCAUACCCGUGAUUCUCGUGGAUUUGGGUUUGUCACAAUGGAGACUGCUGAAGAGGCUGACGCUGCCAUCACCGCAUUGAAUGGAACUGAUUUUAUGGGGAAGAACCUCGUCAUUGAAAAGGCUCGCCGUGGUCGUGCUAGGACCCCGACACCUGGAAAAUACUAUGGUCCACCUAAGCGUGGUGGGGGCUCUGGAUAUGAACGCCCAUACGAUCCCAGGCCCUACGACAGUCGCUAUGCUCGCGACCAUGACGAUCGUAGAGGUGGACCUCGUGGAGGUCGUGACCACGACCGUGGAUAUCGUGACCGAGACUAUGACCGUGGCAGAGACUAUGACCGUGGUGGACGGGACUCUGACCGUGGUGGUGCCGACCGCGGUGGUGAUCGUGUAAGGUAUGACGACCGGAGGUACUGAUAUUUUCCUGCUUGUCCUAUUAUGUAUAUUGCAUCUAUAGGCUCUUCUGUAUAUGUAUUCUUGGGAUAACCACUACUUAUUGCGCAUAAAAACACAAGUGGAUUCGGCACUUGCCGAG